AGCUGGUUGCGCGGCUAUUCCGAGUUGCGGUUGCAGCAGUUGAGUAUGUACACUAGGCUCAGCGGGGAUGCUCCGGUCGAUUAAUAAUGAAGGUUGUGAAGAGAGGAUCUUCUGUAAAGCAAUUGGCUUGUGCUUGUGGUCGUGCUUGUCUUGUCCCGUUCGCGAUCUGGAUUGCUUGUUGACUGACUCUUUGUUGGAGUUGGUCGGCGAAACUGUCGAAUUGCGUCAACUGCCGCAAUAUACCGGAUAGUAUUCUCAAAAAGUAGCAACUUCGGCACAGGCAGCUCGCUUUAUAUGUACCUGUGUGCACAUGUCUUGUGUUUCUAAUACAAACCCAGUGUCCAAGAUGGGGCCAUGCGGUGGCGCCGAGGCGAUGCGGCGACGGCAUGGGACACACUCGCUGGAGACACGUCUCCCUUGUGGAUUCUUGUCGUGGACAAUCAUGUCCCUUUUACUGCCUCUGCACUGCGGUCAGCUCGCCGACUUGGUUCCAGGCGCGCCCCGCGGUGCGCCUCACAGGUGGUGAGCACCCUAGACUAUGGCACGGCACCUGCAUGCGAGGCGGUCUGGCGAGUCCGCGUGAUACAAGACUACCAGGGGAUGGGGAACUACGAGAUUGUAGUCCGUUGUAUGUACAUAGUCUGGUCUAACAACUCUGUUGGCACUGGUGGGACCUUGUCUGCACCCAUUCUAGGGGGUUCAUCAAGUAGUGGGACGUUCACAAGUCAGACUCUGAGACUACAGAUAUGUCCCAAACCUGCCUCGAGACGGAACCGCUUGGAUCCAUCGAGGAGCCAUUUCCCAUUGUGUCCAGCAUGCAUAUUCAACAGGGUCUUGCUCCAGGGUAGGUCGUCCACGACCCGUAACCGCGCGGCUACCUUAUUUCCAAUCCUAUUCCCAGACCGUACAGGUGCUUCUGACUUCUCAUAAAAGGGAGAAUGCAAAGGCUGCAAGGUUACCGUACAGAAGAU